UAUAUAGUCACUCUAGGUCUUAGGUGUUAGUUCGUAAAAUGGUCUUAUAGCAAGGAUAGCAAGUGGAUAGUCAAUUUUUCUAUUUUGAUUUUUACUGUAUCAGAUUGUUGAAACAAAAAUAAUGCCCGUAAUUUGUGCAACACUGUGUGGUAGAAAAGCUUUCUUAAAGCGUCCGAAGACUGGAGAUGCCCUAUGCAAAGAAUGUUUUUAUCUGGCCUUUGAAACCGAGAUACAUAACACUAUUCAGCAGAAUGCCUUAUUUAAGCCAGGAAGCAAAGUUGCUAUUGCUGCAAGUGGAGGAAAAGAUAGUACAGUAUUAGCUUAUGUAUUAAAAACCUUAAAUGAACGAUACAAUUACAAGCUCGAUUUAGUACUACUCUCAAUAGACGAAGGCAUCACAGGCUAUCGAGAUGAUAGCCUCGAAACAGUACAACGCAACCGUGAUGAUUAUGGAAUGAACUUAAAAAUUCUAUCUUAUAAAAAGCUUUACAACUGGACAAUGGAUGAAAUCGUUACGAAAAUAGGCCGCACUAAUAACUGUACUUUUUGUGGAGUAUUUAGACGACAAGCACUGGAUAGAGGUGCCAGUUUAUUGAAUGUAGACUGUAUUGCUACUGGUCAUAAUGCAGAUGAUAUAGCUGAAACCGUAUUGAUGAACAUUCUUCGAGGUGAUACGGCACGAUUACGCAGAUGUUGUAGUAUUAAAACUGGUGGAGAUAUUGCAGAUUCAAUUUCUCGUGUGAAACCACUUAAAUAUACAUAUGAAAAGGAAAUCGUUAUGUAUGCACACUUUAAAAAGUUGAUUUAUUUCUCAACAGAAUGUGUGUAUGCACCGAACGCAUACAGAGGACAUGCAAGAGCCUUUUUAAAAGACUUAGAAAAAGUCAAAUCAUCAACAAUAAUGGAUAUAAUACACUCUGGAGAACAACUGAUGUUCAAAACCUCUAUUAAGAAGCCGUGUAAAGGGAUUUGUAAUCGAUGUGGAUUUAUAUCAUCUCAGCAACCAUGCAAAGCAUGUUCGCUAUUAGAAGGUUUGAAUCGGGGAUUACCUAAAUUAGGAAUGGGUAAAAUAUCGAAAGCAAAUAGAAUGAUCGCAAAUCAAGAUGUUCAGAACGGAUUAGUUUUAAAGUCUAAUUAUAUUAAAAAUGAUUGGUAAAUAUGAGUUAGCGUGUACGUUUUUCGUACGUAUAC